CUUAAUUGAAGUUAGUUCCAGCGUGACAUUGGAGAGCACAAAAAGCUUCAGCUUAGUUCCAGCAAUUCACCAUCACACUCGAAAAACAAGCAAACUCCUCCGAUUUGAAUUUGUGAAUUUGUGGUUUCCUUCACCUGAGUUCCUCCGAUUUGAAUCUCUCAUCUCAAACUCUGAGCUCCGAACUUCAAUUUAAUCCCCAGAGAGAGAUUGAUCCGAGCUCAAAACUCUCCGACAUCGUCGUAGCAGCAUCCCUCGCGAUCUCCUCCGCUUGAGAUCAAAAUUUUGGUGCGACCUUUUCAUUUCUCCUCUAAUUUCAUAUAUAAUUUCUCUAUUUAUAACCAUUAUUCUAUCAUUUUAUUGAAGCUCUGCUUUGGUGCAUUGUAAUUGAAGCUCUACUUUCGAAUUGAAGUCCAGUCUCACAGUAGCCAUUCUAAGUACUUGUUAGUUUUGAAAUGGACAAGAGUUGGAUUAAUGCGCCAAGGGUUAGUGAUGUUUAUAAGAGUGGAUGUGAGUCAUUCAUACAAUUUGCCAUGGAAGCUCAAGAAACUAUACUUUGCCCCUGCUUGAAGUGUUGUAAUGGCAAAAGGUUUUCAACUGAAAAUGUUCUUCAUCACAUAUUAUUCAAUGGUUUUUGUCCGGGAUAUACUACUUGGAAUUUUCACGGAGAACAUGUAUCGUCGGAAUAUGACACUUCUUACAUAAGAAAACUAGCGGCUCAAACAACUACUGUUCACAGAGAUGUCCCAAGUAAGAGUGAUACAAUUAGGGAUAUGAUACAUGCUGCAUUAGGAAAUGAUUUAGGAGGAGAUUCAAACCAUAAAAUUGGUGAGUUUAGUGACGGUCAAGCCCCUGAGAAUGUCGAAGGUCUUCAUGCUAAUAUUUCUUCAAGUGAACAACACCAUGAAAAUAAUUUUUGUGGUGUUGACGCCUCACGAUAUCAGAAAAUACUAGCAGAAUGUGAUAAAGAAUUGUAUCCUAAUUGCAAGUACUCACAGCUAUACUUUAACUUGACCUUGAUUCACAUCAAAUGCAUGGGAGGACUUUCCAACAAGGGUUUCACUAUGUUGCUGGAGUUUUUGAAGGAUGUAUUUCCAUUUUUGACCUCCUUACCAACUUCUGUAUAUGAAGCUAAGAAAUUAUGUAAUGAUUUGGGACUUGGAUAUGAGAAAAUUCACAGUUGCCCGAAUGAUUGUAUGCUCUACUGGAAGGAGAGGGUUGACCAGGAAACUUGUCAUGUGUGUGGCUCUUCUAGGUGGAAAACUGAAGAGAAAGAUAGAGAUAAGGAUAAAAAGACACACGAAUUAGAUGAACAGCCCAAUACACAUAUAACGAAAAAAGCAGCAAAGGUAUUGCGUUAUUUUCCCUUGAUUCCUAGGCUCAAAAGAAUUUAUGCUUCAACAAAAACAGCUAAAGAUAUGAGAUGGCAUAAGACCGGUCGUACAACAGAUGGUUUGUUAAGGCAUCCGGCAGAUGGUGAAGCGUGGAAAAAAUUUGAUCAACUCCAUCCAGAGUUUGCUGCGGAUCCUCGCAGUGUUAGAUUGGCGCUCGCAAGUGAUGGAUUUAAUCCUUUUAGAACAAUGAGUACAACAUAUAGCACUUGGCCAGUGUUAUUAAUACCAUAUAAUCUGCCACCUUGGUUGUGCAUGAAACAAACUUCUUUGAUUUUAUCAAUGAUCAUUCCAGGAGAAAAAGGUCCAGGCAAUGAUAUAGAUAUUUUUCUGCAGCCAUUAAUAUAUGAGUUGAGACAAUUAUGGCACGGGGUAGAUGCAUUUGAUGCGUUUGCCAAUGAAAAUUUCAAGCUUCAAGCUUCAUUGAUGUGGACUAUCAAUGACUUUCCAGCCUACGCCAUGUUGUCUGGAUGGAGUACAAAGGGGCGUGUUGCUUGUCCUGUCUGUACAGACUCUACAUGUUCCAUUUGGUUAAAACAUGGUAAAAAGUUCAGUUAUAUGGGUCAUCGAAGGUGGUUGGAGGACUCUCACCCUUAUCGAUAUCAAAAAGAUUCAUUUGAUGGCACUCAAGAGUUUAGAAGGCCACCAAAAGCCCCAAGUGGAUCACAGAUUCUGCAACAAGUUAGGGGUACCAUAUUUCAAUAUGGUAAAUCAUCUAAGUCUUCCAAAAAAAGGAUUAGAGAGAAUGAAGCCACUUCGAUUAAUAAUAUUUUUGAUGAUCCAGAUGACUUUAUUGAAGAAGAUGCUAAUGUGGUAGAACAACUUUGGAAGAAGAGGAGUAUUUUCUUUGAUUUACCAUAUUGGGAACAUAACCUUUUAAGGCAUAAUCUAGAUGUAAUGCAUAUUGAGAAAAACGUAUGUAACAAUCUUCUUGGAACUUUGUUGAAUAUUGAUGGAAAGACUAAAGACGACGAGAGAGCCCGAAAGGACAUUAUGGAAAUGGGAAUACGACCUAAUCUUCAUCUUAGAGAUUAUUUGGACAAAAAACCAUAUUUACCUGCUGCGUGCUUCAAUAUGUCUAGCAGUGAAAAGGGCAAAUUCCUUGAAGUAUUAAAAUACCUCAAAGUCCCAGAUGGAUAUGCAUCAAAUAUUUCAAGAGGAGUGAAUUUGAAGGAAAAAAAGUUGUCAAACCUUAAGAGUCAUGAUGCUCACAUUCUAAUGCAAGAUAUAUUGCCAAUAGCAUGUAAAGCCUCUAUGCAUUCUAGAGAGAAAACUAAAUUGGUGAAAGUUGUAUCAGACUUGUGUUCAUUUUUCAAGAGGUUGUGCAGUAAAGUAUUAGAUCCGGCGGAAUUGGAUAAGUUAGAGAUUGAAGUUGGCAUUACCUUGUCAGAAAUGGAACAAUUGUUUCUUCCGAGUUUCUUCACUAUUAUAAUUAUAAGCUCUUUAAGAUAA